AUGAUCUCUCCCCCACUGUCUCCAGAAUUCAGCUUUGAUUCCGAGACCGUCACACCCUCUCUCCUCCCAGCUCUGGAAUACAUCUCCUCCAAACUCCAACAAAGAAUGAUGCACGUCACCCUCCUCAUCGGCCGUGGAAAGCCCUACCCGACCGGUCAACCCUCCGACCUAAUGAUCAUCCCUAUCCACACAAUCGAGCCACAAGCAUGGCGAGUACUUGAACGGGCCAUCUUCAAAGGCUCAAGAAAGUUCUCACUCGGCUCUAGCUGGACCGAUGCCAUCAGCCGUAGCCAGUAUGAGCGUCAGGCAAACGAUCACCUCGUCAAGCAAUCCAUCCUCCAAAACGAAGUCAUCUUCAGCCAGGAGGGUCUAACUCUCCUGAACAUGGACCGUAUCUAUACUUUCAAGCGUCGCAUGUGUAUCCUCUCUACCCGCCCUUUCUCCCGCGACGACAAACAGUCAAUGUCAUCCUGCGUUCGUCUACUCCACCGCAUCGUGAAGGAUUUCUCCGGUCGCCCCUUCAGCAAAGCUUUCUUCCACCGCGUCUAUGAGCAGCUUGAUGUCCCAGAUGAGCAGCUCACUGCCGUCGCAGUUGCGUACAAGAAUGUCCACAACGAGGACGCUAUCAUUCUUCCCGUCCAGGCAAAAGCUCCAGCUCCAGCUCCAGUGCCGACGCCAGCACCAGUUCCGGCCCAAGUCGAACCCAUCGUUCCACUCAAAGUUGCAGCAAACGUCCAGGCCAAAGUCCAAGCAAAGGUUCAAGCAAAAGCCCAACCCAAAGCUACCGAGCGAGUCAUUUUGAAGCCCAAGGCUGAUCCCAUCCCUAUCCGGGUGAAGGCCGAACGCCCCCGUGAAGUGAAGAGAUCCCCCAUCCAGACUGUGCGCGGUCGUAGACAGCCUCCGCCAUCAAAGAUGCGGGGCCAGAAUAAGCGUGGGCCCAAGACGCCUCUUUCGGCGUCGGAUGUUACUCCAAUCACGCGGAAUGAGUGGAAUAUUCUUGUCAGCCAGGAUAUUCGUGUGCAGCCCAAGGUUACCAAGUGGGUUCCGUCACCGACUGUGUUGGCCGCAGCCUGA